AUCUGUGAGGAGGGCCGACUGCCCGCCCUUAUGGACAGCCAGCCCUUAGGUUUACUUGUCUCUGCGGCCGCACUGGAACGCGCUGGAACAUUUGUCUGUGUUACUGUGUUCUUGCUAAUCAUCAUAAUUGUCUGUGCCUUGGUGUGGACGGGGGACAUAACGGGGCAGACACAAACCACCCCCCUGUCUCUUAUGCUCUCCCACUUCUCGGACGCUAGGGAAAGAGCUCAUAAUCUGAGCACAGACAUACGGAGAGGGAAAUUUCAAACUUAACUGCAUGUCAGAACGGCCAACCUUUGACGUGGGAUGGCCCCGAGAAGGAACUUUCCACCUACCUAUUAUCUUACAGGUUAAGGCCCUGAUCUUCAGGGAUAAACCGGUCGGCCACCCUGACCAGGUGCCCUACAUCCUGGUCUGGCAGGACAUGAUUGAGAAUCCCCCUCCUUGGCUAAAAUCAUUUUUACCCCCCAAAGCAGGACCUUCCAAGAUUCUAGCCCUGCGAAAGGCCGAGAAGGAGACUGAAUCUAAGACCAAAAGGCUCCUUUAUCCGGUCUUGCAGGAUUCUUCUCCAGAGGACCUGAUUCUCCCACUGCCCUACCUGAUGCCCCCUCACCCUUCUGCCCCUCCAUUGGAGGCACCGAGGGCUGCAGAAGGGGCACCACCCCUCCCUGACGAGGGAGUCCCUGUGCGCGGGCCAGCAAUAGGGACACGCGGACGGACCCACCGGGUGGCCCCACCUCCAAAUGUGGGGCCGGCCAACUCCACCGCCCUUCCCCUCUGCGCCAUGGGGCCUCCCAACGAGACUGGAGAACAAUCAAUGUUAUAUUGGCCGUUCUCCACCAGUGAUUUAUAUAAUUGGAGAACCCAAAAUGCAAAAUUAUCUGAUAACCUGAAAGAUCUAAUCGGGCUUUUAGAUACUGUUCUCUUUACCCACCAGCCUACUUGGGAUGACUGCCAACAGCUCUUGCAGGUUCUCUUCACCACCAAAGAGACAGAAUGAAUUCAGGUGGAAGACUGGAAGUCUGUCCUGGGAGAGGACAGACAGCUGACUCAAAAUCCAGACCUCAUAAAUGCUGCCUUCCUCUUAUCCCACCCUACCUGGGACUACAACUCGGCUGAAGGUAAGGAGAGACUCUGGGUCUACUGCCAGACUCUAAUGGCAGGUCUCAAGGUUGCCAUGUGCAAGCCUACCAAUCUGGCCGAGGUAUAUGAUGUAAGACAAGGUAAGGAUGAGAGUCCAGCAGCCUUCUUAGAAUCAUAGAGGCUUUUAGGCAGGACACCCCUAUGAACCCAGAAGACCCAGAAACAAAGGCUGCAAUUAUCAUGGCUUUUGUUAACCAGGCCACUCCAGACAUUAAAAAGAAAUUGCAAAGAGUAGAGAGACUGGGAGAGAAGAGCUUGCAGGACUUAAUAAUAGUAGCAGAAAGAGUUUAUAAUAAUGGAGAAAGUCCGGAAGAGCAACAAACUAAACUAAGCGACCGGCAGACCCAAAACCUGGCCAAGAUCCUGCUGGCCACAACCAUGGAUGAACCACAGGAACAACGGAGGCACCUUAAGAAGCUGGUUUCAGGGACAGGGCAAUUGGCAAGCAAGACUUCAUGGGUGCAAGGGGCCACAGGCACCAAACAGUACCAUGGACUACCCGAAGAACUGUGGAUCUUGGCAUGGGCUGGAUAUAUCCCACUCCUUCAUGGUCAUCCCUGAAUGUCCCUACCUGUUGUUAGGUCGGGACUUGCUCACCAAGAUGGGGGCACAAAUUCGCUUCCACCCUGAAGGGGCAAAAGUCCUAAACAAGGAGGGGAAACCCGAUUCAGGUGCUUGUCCUGAGUUUAGAAGACGAAUAUCAUCUCCACCAAACGCUCUCAGCCCCAAUGACUGACAUUGACUGUUGGCUGCAGGAAUAUCCCCAAGCAUGGGCAGAAACUGGGGGAAUUGGGCUGGCCCAGCACCGACUGGCCAUAUACAUAGAACUAAAGCCAGGGGCAGACCCUGUCAGGGUCCGCCAAUACCCCAUGCCUCUCGUAGUGUGAAUGGGAAUCACACCCCACAUACAGCGACUACUGGACUUGGGCAUAUUGAGGCCUUGCCAAUCGGCAUGGAACACUCCCUUGCUGCCAGUGCAGAAACUGCACUCUAACGAUUAUAGGCCAGUCCAGGACUUAAGGGAAGUCAACCAGUGAGUAGAGGAUAUGCACCCUACGGUCCCAAACCCAUACACCCUCCUCCACCUUGCCUCCAGACAAAACUUGGUAUAUGGUAUUAGAUUUAAAAGACGCCUUUUUCAGCCUGCCUUUAGCACCCAAGAGCCAAGACCUUUUUGCCUUUGAAUGGACAGACCCCGAGAAAGGCAUCAAUGGCCAGCUCACCUGGAUUCGACUACCAGGAUUCAAAAAUUAGCCAACCAUCUUCAAUGAGGCCUUACAUGAAGACUUGGGUGAGUUCCGUUCCGAGCACCCUCAUUUGACCUUAUUGCAAUAUGUAGAUAUUAUCCUGUUGGUGGCAGAGGACCAGGACACAUGCCUGCGAGGCACCAAGGAUUUGCUCCAGACAAUAGUGGCUCUAGGAUACUGGGCCUCAGCUAAAAAAGCCCAGAGAGCAGAGGUUACCUAGGGUACAAAUUAAAGGAUGGACAAAGAUGGUUGAUGGAUGCACGGAAGGAAACUGUCCUAAGGAUCCCACAGCCACAAACCGUCUGCCAGGUACAUGAAUUUCUGG